AUACAUUCUGCUUCGUCAUUACGUACAGCGACGUAGCCCGUUUGCCCAAUCAGGUGAAGAGCCUGAUGGUCAGGAAGGAAGCAGAUGAUAUGGCAGCUUUGAGAGCGACCAGGUGGAACUUGCUUUGUUAACAAGGCUAAACCAUUGAUUAUGAAAACACUUUGACUCAGAGACGGCAGCUGCUCGAAAUGAUUUACUUAAUAUUGAUUUCCGCGUUCUCCGGAGCAGUCGUUACGUUGAUAUUACAGUUCUUGCUGAUAUACCGGAGAAACCCCGAGCCAAUAGACAGGACAGUGCAGUAUGUCAAAGUAGUGCCUGAUAAAGCAUUGAAGGAUUACUUUAAUACCCAACAUGCCGAACCAGGCCAGCAGCAGCAGCAGGACAGCACGGCAUCUGCUACAUCUAAACAGCAAGAGGCCGUCUUAACAAGGCAGCAGGAAGCGGCUGUCGUCAGCGGCAGCCCCAAACAACAGCCGCCACCGCCUUCCCAAAGCGAGCCCGUUGAUGCGGCCAUACCUGAAACGUGCAAUUUCCUAAAUGCUAUAUUUUUGUUCCUAUUCAGAGAACUCCGAGACACCCCUGUCGUUAGACACUGGCUCACCAAAAAGAUAAAGGUGGAGUUUGAGGAGCUGCUGCAAACCAAGACAGCUGGUCGGCUCCUGGAGGGACUCAGUCUCAGGGAUAUUUCCCUAGGCAAUUCUCUGCCGGUCUUUAAAACGGCCAAACUUAUGAAGCCGGUCCAUUUGAAUGAGGACGGUAUGCCCGAUGAACUCAACUUUGAGGUGGACAUCGAAUACAAUGGCGGCUUUCAUCUCGCCAUUGACGUCGAGCUGGUGUUUGGGAAGUCUGCCUACCUGUUCGUUAAGAUGAGGCGCGUGGUGGGUAGGCUGAGGCUGCAGUUCACGCGCAUGCCCUUCUCCCAUUGGUCCUUCUCCUUCCUCGAGGACCCGCUGGUGGAUUUUGAGGCGAAGUCACAGUUUGAAGGAAGGCCGCUGCCUCAGCUCACCUCCAUCAUAGUCAACCAGUUGAAACGGGUCAUCAAAAAGAAGCACACCUUGCCGAACUACAAAAUCAGAUACAAGCCCUUCUUCCCAUUCCAAGUGCAGCCUCCGCUGGGUUCAGCUUGUGAUGUGGACCUGUCAGUCCAGGACAGCAGGCUGGUGGAAGGCCGACUCAAAGUCACCCUCAUUGAAUGUAGCAGACUGUUCAUCCUGGGCUCCUAUGACAGAGAAACCUAUGUUCACUGCACCCUGGAGCUGAGCAGCCACCAGUGGAAGGAGAAGACUCGCAGCUCCAUCAAACGGUUUUCUCUUGUUACAUGUAUGCAUCAGACGGAGGUAAUCAAGGGGCCAUGUGGCAGUGUGGGGAUGACGUUCAGGCACGUCCCUGCCAGCGACGGCGAUGCAGUCCACGUCAGCAUUGAGACAGUCACGCCCAACUCCCCUGCAGCCUUGGCAGACCUGCAGAGGGGUGAUCGCCUCAUUGCCAUCGGAGGUGUCAAAGUGACAUCCUCGGUUCAAGUGCCCAAACUGUUGAAGCAGGCUGGAGACAGGGUGGUGGUUCUUUAUGAGAGACCGGUUCGUCACCAGACUCCCUCUUUUGGAAGCCUUGGAACUCUUCAGGAAGGGUUUGGGCAGCUAGAGGAAACUGGUUUUAUUUCCCAGCCAGGGGGUUAUGAGGAAGACCCAGCCCCCAUCACCACCCUUUCUGACAUAUCUGACAGCAAAGACAUGGACUCUGAGUUUGAAGAGUUAAUUGUGGACUCCAGACCUAGCCAGACUGGUGGCCCUAACAGCAGUACUACAAAUACCAGUGACACUAAGGAGGAUUCCUUUCUUACAGUAAACCAAAGCCCCAAAAGGACUGUGGCAAACUUGGCCUCUAAGCCCCUUGGUACCAUAUCACCCAUCCUCAACCGCAAGUUAAACCUGGUGGGUCUCCAGUCACCACUAAAGCCCCAGCCCAAAGAAUCACCAAAGCCGUCACCACAUAAGACCAGUAGUGAUCCAGGGGAGGGUCUGCAACGCCCCACCGCGCCCCCCCCACCUCCUCCUUCUCGCCCCCCAGUGCCACCAAGACCUCAGAUAAGGUUGACAUCAGCCUCCUCAGAAACCAGUCUUUUGGAAGGCAUUGAUUCUUUUACAGCUACUAAUGCCACUGCUGCUCCUACUGUGACUACCACCAUCAAUGCUUCUGAAAAAUCUCCAGAAAAAGUUCCUCUUAUUGGAGCCAAUGAAGACAAGGCUAGCACUGAGAAGACAUGUGUCAAACAGGUUGAGGCAAAGCAGUCUACUAAGCCAGCAGAGUCCAGUGAUGACCUGCCAGUCCCUUCUACUGUGACCAGCAAGGCUGAUCAAGCAAAGGACAAAGCUUCAGAGAGCUCACGGGACAGCAGCACACGGGACAGUCUAGAGGACCACUCCCUCUGGGAAUCCCCAGAAACCAUGUUUCGUAACCAGACAGCACGCUGGCCCAAGGCCUCUGUGGUAUUUGAGGUGGAGAGCAACCAGAAGUACCUUAAUGUGGCCCUGUGGUGCAAAGAUCCCUUUAAGCUGGGCAGUUUGUUGUGCCUGGGUCAUGUCAGCCUCCAGCUGGAGCAUGUAGCCCUGGAAUGUAUGGCCACAUCUUCAGCAGAGUACCAGAGCACAUUUAGGUUGGGGCCUCCAGAGCCCAGAGCUAACGUAAGCCGCACUGCGCUACGCAGCCUCAGCACCCACAAGGGCUUCAAUGAGAAGCUGUGUUACGGAGAUGUUACUCUGAACUUCUGUUACUUAGCUGAGGGUGAGUUAGAGUAUCCAGGGGGUCUGGCAGAAAGGGAGCGAGAGGGGAGUCUCCAAGACGAGGAUCUGAGGGAGAGGGAGCAUAUCCCCUCAGCACAGCGUGAUGACUUGGCCUACGGCGCCAUGCAGUUGGUGGAGGUUCGUCACAACUUCCAGGACACCCAGUUCCAGAACCCCACCUGGUGUGAAUACUGCAAAAAGAAGGUUUGGACCAAGGCAGCCUCUCAGUGUAUGAUCUGCGCCUACGUUUGCCACAAGAAGUGCCAGGACAAGUGCCUCGCUGAAAAUCCCUUCUGUGUGGCAGCGACUGAACGUCGCGGAGCUGACCCUGAAGCCAAAUCCACCAUAAACCGGGCCACCACUGGCAUAACUCGCCAUAUCAUCAACACCAGCUCCCGCCUGCUUAACCUCCGCCAGGUGCCCAAGACUCGGCUGGUUGAGCAGGUGGCUGAUGUCGUGCCUGGAGUGGUGGAGCCCUCACCCAAGCAUACCCCCAACACUUCAGACAAUGAGAGCAGUGAUACUGAGAACUACACCAGUGGCGCCAGCCCCUCAAAGCAGCCUGCCAGUAGUUGUGGCAGCAGUAAACUUGUACGCAAGGAAGGUGGGUUGGAUGACAGUGUGUUCAUUGCUGUGAAGGAGAUAGGCCGUGACCUGUACCGGGGGCUGCCCACAGAUGAGCGCUCCCAGAAGUUGGAGUUGAUGCUGGACAAGCUGCAGCAGGAAAUUGACCAGGAGCUGGAGCACAAUAAUGCCCUUCUACUGGAGGAGAGGGAGGCCACAGAUGCCCGGCGCAAGGCCCUAAUUACUACUGCCCUGGCAAAGUCUGGGGAGAGACUCCAGGCCCUCACCCUACUAAUGAUCCACUACCGGGCAGGCAUUGAGGACCUUGAGUCAGUGGAGAGCACCUCGCCUUCAGAGCAGCAAGGCUUUAAAGGCAAAGGAGAAGGCCUGGAGGAAGAGGCCCUGACAGAGGUCUAUGACAGUGACACAUGCAGCCCUGUGGAGGUGCAGCUGCUGGAUGAUAUUACUGAGGAGCAGAUCUGUGUGGAGGCACUCCACUAAAUAAGACUAGAAAAGAGAGAGAUGAGGAGCAAAUGCUUUGGGCUUGGGCCUCCCAGCAAAAUUAUGUCUAAUAUGUUUUUUGAGAUUGGGGAAUUUCAGAAGUGGUUUAAUUAUCAGGGAUGUUGAGGUCCAGUGUUUGAUUCACGUUUUUGAUUUUUAUGUGAAAAAGAAAGGAUGGGUAAAGGAAUUUCCUCCCUGCGGAUUCAUGGUAAACCUGUUAUUAAUGUUUUGAUUUGCAUAAUGUGAUGCCGUUUCCAUGCUCUUGGUUUAAAGGGAAGCUUGAGAGCUACACUAUUAUCUGCCCUCAGUAGUGCUGCAUGUGUAUCUUCCAGUUUUGUUUUUCUGUGGCUUCAAAAUGUCAUUGUAAGUGUUUAGUUCAGUUUGCUUUCUUGUCUGUAACUGCUUUGACAUAAGUACUUUAGAAAAUGCGCACAUUUCUGUGGUCUACUAGUCUGAAUUAUCUUAACUUUGGAGAAGGAAAAUAAUUGUUCAAUAUUUGUUUACUGUGAGUAAAAAGCCCAUGUGAAGGUGAAAUAUUUGAGUCUACAACAGUGUGAAUACUACUACAGAAAAGCAGGUUUAGACAUCCAAGCAAGGAUCCUGCAAGCAGUCAUGUAUAUCUUUUUGUUUUGAGCACUUUCUUACUGUAACAUAUUUGGAUUUUAGAAGUGAUUCUCCCUGCUCACAAAGGUCUUUGGGAUUUCACCAGCUGUAUAAUUAUUAGUGGAAUCUUAUAUUUAUAAUCCCCCCCUUUUUCGGUUUAUUUGUUUGUAUUGGUUAGGCCAAAUAUGUUUGACUAUGUGACCAUGUUUUUUUUUUUUCCUUGGGAGGGUGUAAGAAGGUAAUUGUCCUGGGUUAUAAUUUUGAACCAAUUCUUUUUAUUUCUUGUGUUGUUUUAUGUCUUUCCCCGUCACAUUUUGUUCAGAACAACCCCACCAGCUUCUAAAACUCAACUAUGGCACAGUGCUAACUGAUCAAAGCUUUCAUAGGUGCAAUAUAAGAAAGGCACAUAAUUAACUUUUUUGAUUGAUCUCUGAGUGAAUGUUACCCCGGAGCUCUCAUGAUGUUAAAAUUGUCCAACAUUUAUUUGAGUUGUUUUCAUGCCCAAAUGAAUGUAUGUUAAGCCCUUUCUGUUUUGUGUAUAUACAACUGUUUGGCACUGUCUCCCCCCAUUUCCUUGCAAAACAUCAAGCAUUAAUGUAGCCUGUUAUAGUGAUUCUAUCAUAACUAGCUACAGCUCUAAAAUGCUAUGCUGUUCAUCUAUCUUUUACACCCUCAGAGGGCCACUGGAAAAUAAUUGUUUGGAAAGGAAACCCUAAAACACUGAAAGUUUUCUUAAAGAGGCCGUAUUAUGCUCAUUUUCAGGUUCAUACUUUUAUUUGGGGGUCCUACUAGAAUAGGUUUACAUGCUUUAAUGUUCAAAAAACACAUUAUUUUUCACAUACUAUAUAUUACUGCAGUACCUCUAUUCACUCUGUUGUCAGUCGCUAGGUGGUUGCUAGGCAGGCAUUAUGCGAAUGUGUUAGAAUGUGUUACAUAGUGACAUAGAUGAGUAACGGAAGAAAAGGCUGAAAUACAAACGAGGCGUUUCAGCAAGGUCAGGAGCCGUGGGAGACAGUAACUCCCUAAGGUGUGGACUUUGGGCUUUGUAACUUUGCAGACCUUUUACAUAACACAAAAAGCAAUAUAACACACUAAAAGAAAGGGGAAAAACCCCAAAAGAAUAAUAUGGCCUCUUUAAUCUAUUUUGGUGGUGAUGUCCUUUUCUUUCUUUUUUCUGAUGGUUAUUUUGCCAAUCAGUUCCACUUCACAUAUUUCCAGCACAAAUACAAUUGAGUUUGUUAGUGGAUACUCAGUGAGAUUGAGUUUGAUAGCUUUCUAAAAAUAUCAAGAGCAGUCAACAGGUUUUGGUAUCAGUCCAUCAGAAUUGUGAUGUUUAACAUGCAUACAGAGAGAACUCCAUUAAAGGAAAUGUACAAGUAUAGAGCCAACGUUCCAUAGAAAGUAAGUGGGCGUUCAGACUGAAAACAGCCCGCCGUUAAAAAAAUUAGAUGAUGAAACACGAUCCAGGAAGUCGAGUUGGAGUUAUAGAUCAAUGGGUAUGAAUGCUCAUCAGACUCUAAAACACUGCAUGGAGGUAAAUGUUACAAGGAAGGAUUUUAAAAAUCUAGACAGUUGUCACGGCAGCAGUCAUUUUAUCUUCAUCCUGACAAUCGCAAGGUUAACAGAACAAAUAUACUGUUCACUGAUUGGCCACUGCAGCACCUUGCUAGAUGGCACUGCAUUGCGUUGAGGCAAAAGUUGAGCCAGUUUCAACUUAUUUGCUCGAUGACCCUGUGUUUUUUGCCAGAGACCCUGCGUUGGCUGCGUUGGACCCCUGCUACACCUCUGGAGUAGCCUCAUUCAAAUUAAUAAGGGAGCUGCAUUUUUUUCACACUGUGCUGAUGGCAGUCUGAAUGUAACCUAACACCUUUAUAUACCUUCUCUGGGGGGCUGUUGAACGGUAUUUUGGGAAAAGUAAGGUUUAAGGCCUCAGUAUGCUUCAAAUAAAGUGCUGACAGCAUCUGAAACCUGUCAGACAGCGCAAUCUACAUCAAUUUUUGUAUAUUUUCCAGACAAUCAGAUAGCCCACUAUAUGCAGUGAGUAGGUGUACAGAGGUGCAAAACUUGAAUUUCUCUUAGGAUUUCUUUUUUCUUUCUUCACGUAACUACUUCCAUCACUUUUUGUGUGAAGUACGAGUACACCACCAUUAAUGCUUGCGAGGAGAAACUGUUCGUAAGUGUGCCCUGUUCCCAUUUGUAUAAUUCAUGGCAUUGAGACACAAAGGUCUUGGAGAGAAAUCAGGAAAUCAGCAGGAUGUAGCCAAGAAGAGGCUGCGACAGCAGGCUUUUCGGCCCACCUCUGAGUUUAGCCAUUCAGAACAGCUAUACAGUAAACACUCUUGCCUUUGGAUGUGUUGGAUUACACAUUGUACAAACUAGUUGAAGCAUCCUGAGGGCUUUAGGGCAGGUGUUUCCAAACUUCUUAGCACCAGAGACUGUUUUUUCAUCAACGCCAUUGUUGCGGACCAGUCGACCCUAACCCUUCACGACUGAAAUAAAGAAUGGGUUGACAUUAAGAUGGUCAACACACACAUUGGGCCUUUUAUCCCCCCCACCUCACCUAAAGAAACUUUCAAGUUCUCUCAAACUCAUUUUAGCUAGCUAGUUACGGCAGUCAUAGGAACACAACACUGUGGGUAUGUGGGUGACAGGCUUGCAAACUGAUUACCUAUUUACAAAAUCAGUCUCCUGUUGUGAGUGGAGGGAGUGAUGAGGAAAGAUGCGCCAAGUUCAAGGUAUACCUGCAAAAUAGCCUAUAAUAGUCUAUAAUGUUGUAUAAAUAUCUGUUUUUUGCAGUAUCAUAUUGUUUCCUCAUGGCCCAAUAGACUGUUCUGUGGCCUGGUACCAGUACCGGGGGUUGGGUACCACUGCUUCAGGCUUAGAAUUACAAUUUUCUUGAGACGGCUUUAAAUUUUCUUGCAUAAAGUACAAAAACCAAGCUAGAUUCAACAAUACGAAAAUAACAAGACAUCACCCAAAAUGCAUUGAAAACCAGUUGAGUGCGAGUUAGCAGAGGGUAGAUUUUUCCUUUAAUGUAGCGUAACUCCAAAAGGACUCGUCCAAGAUAAUGAAGAGAAGUUAUCAGCCAGACUCAGAGGAAGCAAAGGCACAUUUCCUGUUCUUUUCUGUGUAAUGAUGAUAUAUGUUGCUCAUGUAGAUACUGGCUGCUAUGCUUGUCAAUCUCUUGCAGUCUGUAAAUUGGAUUUUUUGUGCAAUAUUUUUGUAGGAAAGCUGAUAAUCAGGAGUGAAUCCCCACGUCUGUGAUUUCUCUUAUUUUCUCUUUAAAGAGGUGUGCCCAUCUGUCUGCUAAUGUAACCUGAGGGUUUUUGGGGACCAAUGAGAACCUGAGAGGAGUUCACUCUGUAAACCCCUCUUUUGGCCUGAGAAGCAUUGCUUUUGCUGCUGCUGCUGUUGUUACAAUGUGCUCUUCCACAGGACUCAUAAUCACACGCUUCUGCCCUCCCUCCCCCAGCCCUAACCGUUGAAACUGCACUUACAAUAUGACUGCCCACCACGGCUUUCAGCAGGUCAAGAUGGUGUUUUUCUUUCUGUGUAUGUGAGGGAUGUUGUACACAGUUUUCAAGAAGGCUCAUGUGAUGAAGCUUUAUUGUACAUAACCUAAAUAAACAAGCUCAAAUGAA